AUGGCGCAUUAUCGGAAGCGCUCUGCGUCACGCGGACGCUCUGGUAGUCGUUCUAGAAGCCGUUCUCCAUCUGACAAAAGAAAACGUGGAGAAGACAGACGUUCUAGAAGCAGAGAUCGAGAACGUAGGCGUGAGAGGUCACGCAGUAGGGACAAGAGAAGGUCUCGGUCGCGUGACAGAAAACGUCAAAGACGUUCAAGAAGUAGAGAAAGGGAACGGAGCCGAGAGAGAAGAAGAUCCCGGAGCCGAGAGAGGAGGCGCUCUAGAAGCAGAAGCAGAGGUAGACGGUCUCGAUCCUCCAGUCCAAGCAAGAACAGGAAAACAGAAAACAGAUCAAGAUCUAAAGAAAAGACAGAAGGUGUGGAAGUUUCCAAAGAAAAGAAAAAAGACGACAAAGAAGACGAGAAGGAUAAAGAUGCCACCACAAAUGCCGUGGCCACAGAGAAUUUUGAUCAGAACAAACUAGAAGAAGAAAUGAGAAAACGAAAAGAAAGAGUGGAGAAAUGGAGGGAAGAACAACGCAAGAAGGCUAUGGAAAACAUAGGAGAACUGAAAAAAGAAAUUGAAGAGAUGAAACAGGGGAAAAAAUGGAGCUUAGAAGAUGAUGAUGAUGAUGAAGAGGAAACUGCAGAAGGAGAAAAAGAAGGCGAGGAGGCUGAAGAUGAAGAGUUAGAUCCUUUGGAUGCUUAUAUGGAAGAAGUAAAAGAAGAGGUCAAGAAGUUCAAUAUGAGAAGUGUGAAAGGUGGAGGUGGGAGUGAAAAGAAAUCCGGACCCACUGUUACCAAAGUAGUAACCGUGGUGACAACCAAAAAGGCAGCUGUAGAGUCAGAAAAGAAGAAAGGGGAGCUCAUGGAAAACGACCAAGAUGCAAUGGAGUAUUCCUCAGAAGAGGAGGAAGUUGACCUUCAGACUGCCCUUACCGGCUAUCAGACCAAGCAGAGAAAGCUGCUAGAACCAGUGGAUCAUGGAAAGAUAGAAUACGAACCUUUCAGGAAAAACUUCUAUGUUGAAGUGCCAGAACUAGCUAAAAUGACUCCAGAAGAGGUGAAUGUGUACAGGCUGGAGUUGGAAGGAAUUACAGUGAAGGGAAAAGGCUGCCCCAAACCAAUAAAAACCUGGGUGCAGUGUGGUAUUUCCAUGAAGAUUCUCACUGCCCUCAAAAAACAUGGCUAUGAAAAGCCCACUCCCAUUCAAACCCAGGCUAUCCCAGCAAUUAUGAAUGGUCGUGAUUUGAUUGGCAUUGCCAAAACAGGAAGCGGAAAAACUAUUGCAUUUCUGUUGCCCAUGUUCAGACACAUUAUGGAUCAGAGAGCGCUAGAAGAAGGAGAAGGUCCCAUAGCUGUCAUCAUGACACCGACUCGCGAGUUGGCAUUGCAGAUUACCAAGGAGUGUAAGAAAUUCUCAAAGACACUUGGACUUCGAGUUGUCUGUGUUUAUGGAGGAACAGGAAUCAGUGAACAGAUAGCUGAACUCAAAAGAGGUGCUGAAAUUAUUGUUUGCACACCUGGACGUAUGAUUGAUAUGUUAGCAGCUAACAAUGGUCGGGUGACAAAUCUCCGUAGAGUCACAUAUGUUGUACUUGAUGAAGCAGACAGAAUGUUUGACAUGGGUUUUGAGCCUCAGGUUAUGCGCAUUGUAGACAACGUCAGGCCUGAUCGUCAGACUGUCAUGUUUUCUGCUACUUUUCCCAGAGCUAUGGAGGCAUUAGCUCGGCGAAUCCUAAGUAAGCCUAUAGAGGUGCAGGUCGGAGGCAGAAGCGUUGUCUGUUCUGAUGUGGAGCAACAUGUUAUUGUCAUAGAAGAGGAUAAAAAGUUUUUGAAGUUAUUGGAGCUACUGGGACACUAUCAGGAGAAAGGAUCCGUUAUCAUAUUUGUAGAUAAACAAGAACACGCCGAUGGGUUGUUGAAAGAUUUAAUGAGAGCCUCUUAUCCUUGUUUGUCUCUUCAUGGAGGUAUUGAUCAGUAUGACAGGGACAGCAUCAUUAAUGAUUUCAAGAAUGGAACUUGCAAACUUCUGGUGGCCACAUCUGUAGCAGCAAGAGGCUUGGAUGUAAAACAAUUGAUGCUGGUGGUCAAUUACAGCUGUCCCAACCAUUAUGAAGAUUAUGUGCACCGAGCAGGUCGAACAGGACGAGCCGGCAAUAAAGGGUAUGCAUAUACAUUCAUUACUGAGGAUCAGGCACGGUAUGCUGGUGAUAUCAUUAAGGCUUUGGAAUUGUCCGGGACUCCAAUUCCUACUGAUUUGGAGAAGCUCUGGGCUGACUUCAAAGACCAACAGAAGGCUGAGGGAAAGUUGAUUAAAAAAAGCAGUGGAUUCUCUGGCAAAGGUUUUAAAUUUGAUGAAACUGAACAGGCUUUGGCUAAUGAAAGAAAGAAGCUCCAAAAAGCAGCUCUUGGCUUGCAGGAUUCAGAUGACGAAGAUACAGCUGUUGAUAUCGAUGAACAAAUUGAAAGCAUGUUCAAUUCAAAGAAAAGAGUAAAAGACAUGGGAACACCAGGAACAUCAAAUGCUCCUACACCGUCAGCUGGGAAUGCAGAAAAAUUGGAAAUUGCUAAAAGACUGGCUUUGAGAAUCAAUGCCCAGAAGAACCUCGGAGCAGAGGCACAAGUAUUCGUCCCCUUCCACUUUAAGGAUGUGAUGCAGCAGGCUACAAAUGCUAUCCUGAGAGGAGGCACCAUUCAAGCUCCUACUGUGUCUGCCAAGACCAUUGCAGAGCAACUGGCUGAAAAAAUCAACGCUAAGCUCAAUUAUGUGCCCAUAGAGAAGCAGGAGGAAGAGAAACAGGAUGGAGGACAGAAUGAAUCCUUUAAGAGAUAUGAAGAAGAAUUAGAGAUCAAUGACUUCCCACAGACUGCCAGAUGGAAAGUUACCUCCAAAGAAGCGCUACAGAGAAUCAGUGAAUAUUCUGAAGCUGCUAUUACAAUCAGAGGAACUUAUUUCCCUCCAGGCAAAGAACCCAAGGAAGGAGAACGAAAGAUUUAUUUGGCUAUAGAAAGUGCCAAUGAACUGGCUGUACAGAAAGCAAAGGCAGAAAUCACACGACUUAUAAAAGAGGAGCUCAUCAGAUUGCAAAAUUCAUACCAACCAACCAACAAAGGAAGAUACAAAGUUCUAUGAGUAUUUGGAGUUAUCUGUCUGCCAGUGGCUGGUGCGUGAAACUUUGUGGCUUCUGUUGUUUUUGCUGUUUACACUGCUUAUUGUAAAUUAAGAUUUUUUUUUUUGUCUUGCGGACGUUUUUUUUAACUGAAAAUUGAUACUUGCUGAAACAUCUUAAUUCUCUCCACUACAUUUAUCAGUCUUAAAGCAGACCGGUUUUGGCAGAGCAUGAUUUAAUUUAAAAGUGCAGUUUAUAUACUUUUCAUCAUAAAGAAUAUAAAAUAAAACAGAUUUUAAUUUUCCUGACAGACUAUACUGUUAAGUAAAUUAAACAAUGUUGGGAUUUGUGUUGGGAAUUGUUAGAAUGUACCUGCUUCCUGUUGUGGGGAUGGUUCACGCCGUAUCAGUUUAUACUGGAAAAAUGAUAAAACACCAAAAUAAAAGCAGGAUUUUCUCCUGAUCCAUAGCAUCUCUCUGGCUGGUUCCACACGCAUUCGUUUCCUGUACAAAUGUUCCCCUAAGGU